GUGAAGCAGUUCGCCGGGUGAUAUCCGCGGGGUGGCCAGACGCCACUUGACGACGACGGCUCAAAGUCCUCCGCUCCCGCGCAACGCUCAGAGAAGAACGACACUAACCACUUUCCGUCCAGUGGGAUGAGAUGGUUGUUGAAGUCGUCUGCAAUGGUGAUGGACACAGAGUGGAUAGGACUGAUCCAGUAACCGAACACGUGGCUCAGGAACGUCUUGAUGUCCCUCUUGGACUCUUGGACGUAGCUCACGUCAUGAGCCGCACCGUUGCGACUUGCGGAGUGCUGCUUGUCUGCCUGGUGAUGAUCGCCUCCUGCCAGACGUUCCAGUACAGCCGAGGCUGGACCAACGGCAAGCGAAGGGAUGGAGCCAUCGUGGCCGGCCCUAGCCGAGUCACGGUCGAGCACCGCUUGCUGGAAGAGUUCCUUUCCAAAUUUGCCCCUAAGGAUCGAGUGGUUCUGGAGCGACUGGGCCACCUGUUUAGAACCCUGGACCGCAGUGAGGACGAUCAAGAAUACUGAGAAGAGCCAGCAGCACAAGUUCCUUGAGGAGAUAAGCGAAACGGGGAUUACAACUUUGUACUUUGAUGAUUCGCUGCUUACACUUGCCUUGCCUGUCGCAUUAUUCACGCGUAAUAAACGCUCGCGACCGAAUACCGACUGAUGGUCGCAGAAGUCUGC